AUGGACCCCAUACCACUUAAACACUAUAUAACGUUACAUAUAACGGACCCCAUAUCUCCUAAACGCUAUAUAGCGUUACAUAUAACGGACCCCAUACUUCCUAAACUCUAUAUAUUGUUACAUAUAACGGACCCCAUACUUCCUAAACUCUAUAUAUUGUUACAUAUAACGGACCCCAUACUUCCUAAACUCUAUAUAGCGUUACAUAUAAUGGACCCCAUACCUCUUAAACUCUAUAUAUUGUUACAUAUAACGGACCCCAUAUCUCCUAAACGCUAUAUAGCGUUACAUAUAAUGGACCCCAUACUUCCUAAACUCUAUAUAUUGUUACAUAUAACGGACCCCAUACUUCCUAAACCCUAUAUAGUGUUGCAUAUAACGGACCCCAUACCUCCUAAACCCUAUAUAGUAUUACAUAUAACGGACCCCAUACCUCCUAAACGCUAUAUG